GGCGGAGGGUCAGUGUCGCUGUCCCCCGGUGCACCAAGCGCCGAUCCACGCAGCACCCGGCACCCGGGCCCUCCCCGUCCAGGUCCCGCCCCGUGGCCCCGCCUUGCGCUCCCGCCAGUUUUCUUCCACCCGCACCCGGCGUCUCCAGCCAGCAGGACCCCGGCCGAGGCGGUGCCGGGAGCAGAGUCCGCUGCGUGGUGUCGCCUCCGUCUCCCGCAUCUGCAGCCCGGCCCCCGCUGCCUGCGCUCGCCUGCACCCCACGAGGAUGUGGUCGAGCCUGAACAAGUGGUUCUGGCAUGAGAAGCUCUGGCUUCCCCCCAACGUCACGUGGGCCGACCUGGAAGACCGCGAUGGCAAGGUGUACCCUCACUCCCGGGACCUGCUGGCGGCCCUGCCCAUGGCACUGGCCCUGCUGGCCCUGCGCUUCACCUUCGAGAGAUUCGCUGCUCUGCCCCUCAGCCGGUGGCUAGGGGUGAAGGAUCAGGUGCGGCGGCCAGCAAAGCCCAUCCCGGCUCUGGAGAGACACUUCCUCACUGCAGGCCCGAAACCCAAGGAGCCCCAGAUGGCGCUCCUGGCCGCCCAGUGUGGCCUUACACUUCAGCAGACUCAGCGCUGGUUCCGGAGACGCCGCAACCAGGACCGGCCCAAACUGAGCAAGAAAUUCUGUGAAGCCUGCUGGAGGUUUGCUUUUUACCUCUGUUCCUUCCUCGGUGGACUUAUGGUCCUCUACCACGAGUCUUGGCUGUGGAGGCCUGUUAUGUGCUGGGACAAUUAUCCAAACCAGACCCUGAAGCCUACCCUGUACUACUGGUACCUCCUGGAGCUGAGUUUCUACAUCUCGCUGCUCCUGACGUUGCCCUUUGACAUCAAGCGCAAGGACUUCAAGGAGCAGGUGGCACACCACUUCGUGACCAUCACCCUGAUCGUCUUCUCCUACAGCUCGAACCUGCUGCGCAUCGGCUCGCUGGUGCUGCUGCUGCACGACUGCUCCGACUACCUGCUGGAGGCCGGUAAGAUGUUCAACUACACGCAGUACCGGGUCGUGUGUGAUGUUCUCUUCCUCCUCUUCGCCGCGGUCUUCUUCUACACGCGCCUGGUGCUCUUCCCCACCAAGAUCCUCUACACCACCUACUACGAGUCCAUCGUGGGCAGAGCACCCUUCUUCGGCUACUACUUCUUCAACGGGCUCCUGAUGAUGCUGCAGAUGCUGCACGUCUUCUGGUUCUACCUCAUUCUGCGCAUGCUCUACGGUUUCACCUGCAAGGGACAGAUGGAGAAGGACGUUCGCAGCGAUGCAGAGGAGACCGACUCGAGUGAUGGAGAGGCAGUCAAGGAACAUCCCCCGUUGCAGAACGGGGUGGUCCACAGGCCAGGGACGGCCACCUCUGCGGGUCCUCGGAGCCGGGCAGCGGCGCACCUGGCCAACGGACACACACCGUCCACGUAGCAUAGCAGCCAAGCAAAGCCCGGCCGGAAGAGGGGUGUCACACCCCCCCCCCAAGCUGGCAGAAUGGACUGGUGGCCCUUGGGCCCACUGAGGGGAGAUGGGGAAGCCCCCACCGGGGUGCAAGGCGGGCUGAUGACCUGUCUCCAACCCUGUCCUCCUCACUCCCACCUUCCCUCCUUCCUCGGGGUGAAAUGGAUGGAGGUGGGAUGGGGAGGGUCCCCCCAGCUGGAAAGUGGGGGGAGAUAAAACUUGAACAGAGUCAGAUUCUCUGCCUGAGAA